AAUUGAAACGCCAUAAAAUCUUAAACCCAAUGUCCCCAAAUUGAAUACAUGUUAUUGGGCACUCCCUUAGGGUUUCAACACGGCCCGCCAAAUUCUCUCGCUUUUUUAUCUCCUCUUCAUCCGCAUGAUUCGGAUCCUGAUCCUGAUCCGGAGCCCCUUUCUCGAUUCGGGUUUCUGCCUGUUUUUCUCCCUCCAUCCCCGUCAAUGGCGUCCACCAGCAGAUCGGAGCUCCCAUUGGACCUUACGGGGACAAAACCACAUGAGACAUCUCCAACUAUUGAGGAGAUCUCGUCUCUUAUAGGUUCUUUGAAGAAGCAAUUUGGGGAUUUGCACCAAGUUUCGAUUAAGAAUAAGAUGGAAGAGAAUAGGCAGAAGCUGAUUGCUGUUACAAACCAUCUCUAUACAUCGUCAAAAGAAAGAAGAAAUUCCCGGUUUAGCGAUAGUGACAGUAAUGUAGAUCUAUUGACAAAGAGGCAGAAAGAUGCACUUGUUAAGCACAGUGGUAACAAUGUAAGUAAUGAAGACAACGAUGGCCAUAACCCUCAUGAUGAUGGUCAUGCUUCUGCAGCCGUUCUUUUAGGAUCCAGUAUUCCAGUUAGGAGUGCUGUUCGGCCCGUUAAGCUCACAGAAGUGAAAAAACUACCACCUUAUACUACAUGGAUUUUUUUAGACAGAAACCAAAGAAUGACCGAGGAUCAAUCGGUGGUGGGUCGAAGGAGAAUUUAUUAUGACCAAAAUGGUGGUGAAGCACUAAUAUGUAGUGACAGUGAGGAGGAAGCAAUUGAAGAAGAAGAGGAAAAGAGAGAUUUUGCAGAGUUUGAAGAUUAUAUUCUUCGGAUGACCAUAAAAGAAGUUGGCAUAUCCAAUGUUGUGCUGGAAGCACUAGCAAAUUGCUUUUCUAGAAGCUCAGAUGAAGUCAAGGCAAGAUAUGAAGUUAUUGUUAAGGAAGAGAAUGGGAGUAAUGAGGCACCAAUUAUGAAUGCCUUUCUGGACAAAGAUGUUGAUGCAGCUCUGGAUUCUUUUGACAACCUAUUCUGUCGUCGAUGUCUUGUAUUUGAUUGCAGAUUACAUGGAUGUUCGCAAGAUCUUGUUUUUCCUGCUGAGAAACCACCUGCGUGGAGUCAUCCAGACGAGGAAAAUGUACCAUGUGGUCCACAAUGCUAUAGAAUGGCAGAAAGAAAUGCUAUGGUGAAUUCUCCAACGAAGUGUGAUAUUGAUGAUAAUUUGGUGUGUUUAUCUGCUGGUGCUGGCACUCUGGCAUCAUCUAGGAAGAAGUCUUGUGGUCCAUCCACUAGAAAGAAGGGAAAGUCCUGUCCAAGUGAAAGUGCUUCAUCAAAUGCUAAAAACGUUUCAGAGAGCAGUGGCUCUGAGAUUGGACCUCAGCAGGAAAGCACUUCUACCGCCCACUUGUCACCCCUCAAGACUAAGCUUGCUGGAAAGGGUGGAACUUCUAGGAGGAACACUAAACGUAUUGCUGAACGUGUUCUACUAUGCAUGCAGAAAAGACAAAAGAAGAUGGUGGCUUCUGAUUCUGAUUCCAUGGUGAGUGGACGUUUCUCGCAAAAUGAUAUCAAAUUAAGGUCUUGUUCUCGUAAAGGCAACAAAGAUGCUGCUUCUUCUUCACAUAAGAAAGCAAAAUCUCUAACCACUGGAAGGUCUCGGAGGAAGGAUUUGCCAGUUCAGGAUAGUCAUACUUUAGUAGAGGGUGAAGCUGCUGGGGGUCCGUCAAGUGAUAUGAUCACAGAUCCACUAACGUGCAGCAGUGAUGACACAUUGACGAAAGAAGAGUUUGUAGAUGAGAACAUCUUUAAACAAGAAUUAAGUGACUAUAAAUCUUGGAAAGCUGUUGAGAAAGGCCUUUUUGAGAAAGGUGUUGAGAUUUUUGGCAUGAAAAGCUGCUUAAUUGCUAGAAACCUUCUAAAUGGCCUGAAGACAUGUUGGGAAGUUUAUCAAUAUAUGACUUGCUCUGAGAAUAGGCUAUCCUGUCUAGGGGGUGAGGGAGCAAAUUCCCUUGGUGAAGGCUAUUCCAAGUUUGAAUUUAAUGGAGCUAUGGGCAACAAUGAAGUAAGAAGAAGAUCAAGGUUUUUGCGUAGGAGGGGCAAAGUUCGUCGCUUGAAAUAUACUUGGAAGUCUGCCGCCUACCAUUCCAUUAGGAAGCGGAUUUCAGAGAGGAAAGACCAGCCAUGCCGGCAGUAUAAUCCAUGCGGUUGCCAAACUGCUUGUGGAAAACAGUGUGCAUGUCUUAUAAACGGGACUUGCUGUGAGAAGUAUUGUGGAUGUCCUAAGAGUUGCAAAAAUCGAUUUAGAGGCUGUCAUUGUGCUAAAAGUCAAUGUCGAAGUCGUCAAUGUCCGUGCUUUGCUGCAGACAGGGAAUGUGAUCCAGACGUGUGUAGGAACUGCUGGGUCAGUUGUGGUGAUGGUAGUCUUGGGGUGCCCAAUCAACGAGGGGAUAAUUAUGAGUGCCGGAAUAUGAAGCUUCUUCUCAAACAACAACAGAGGGUUCUGCUUGGAAGGUCUGAUGUAUCUGGCUGGGGCGCUUUUCUAAAGAAUAGUGUUGGCAAACAUGAAUACCUCGGAGAGUACACUGGCGAGCUGAUUUCGCACCGGGAAGCAGAUAAGCGUGGAAAGAUCUAUGACCGUGAAAACUCAUCAUUUCUCUUCAAUCUGAAUGAUCAGUUUGUUCUUGACGCUUAUAGGAAGGGAGACAAAUUGAAGUUUGCCAACCAUUCUCCUGAUCCAAAUUGCUAUGCUAAGGUUAUUAUGGUAGCAGGUGAUCACAGAGUGGGCAUAUUUGCCAAGGAGCGAAUAAGUUCAGGAGAGGAGCUGUUCUAUGAUUAUCGCUAUGAGCCAGACAGAGCUCCUGCUUGGGCUAGGAAGCCAGAGGCAUCUGGCUCCAAAAAGGAAGAUGGUGCUCAUUCAAGUGGUCGAGCUAAGAAACUUGCAUGACUCAAGCAUUCUUUUGAACCUAACUUAAAAUUUGUUGCCAUUCUUUGACAGGCAGAAACAUCAUUCUCAUUGACCUUGAGGUUAGGCAAAAUUCCACUUAUCAUUUUGUUACUGUGGAUGGCCAUUGUCAUCUCCAGGUUAACUUUCUUUAUUUUUUCCAAUUCAUAUUUAUUAGCUACCAGAAUUUUCACUAGAGCACUAGAGACUACAAAGGCUUAGUGAAUUUAUGAAUGUUAAAUAGGGAUGGUUUCAUGAA